CUAUCUUCCACCCAGCUCAUUUAAAAACACAAAGCUGGAAGAGCAAUGGCUAGAUUACAGCAAAUACUGAGUGUGUUGUGUAUAUGUGUGAGUGUUUGUGUGUGUAAGGUAUCGAUGCGUGGUCAGGUUCAGUCUCCUUUGUAUCCAAAGCCUUACCCCACUAGUGUUAAUCAGCAGUGGGAUCUGGAGGUUCCACAUGGCUAUCAAUUUCAGUUCACUUUUUAUCACCUGGACAUAGAACCAUCAUUUAACUGUGUCAACGACUCUCUCAUGGUUCUGCAUGGUAAGAAACUUUUGGGAAAGUUCUGUGGCCAAAAUUCCACAUAUCCACAUCAUCCUGGCAACAAUCCUAUUUUGUUUAAAAGCAACCAUCUCCAGCUGGUGUUUGUGACUGAUCUAUCAAACACAGAAACACAUUUUGGGUUCUCCGCCGUUUACCAGGCAGUUGUGGACUGCAAUAGAGGAGUUUUUACAGAACCCAAGGGAGUUCUCUUAAGUCCUGGAUACCCAAAUGCUGCUCCUCUUGGAGUGAACUGCUUGUACAUUAUAUCUGUUAAGCCCGGUUUUCAGAUAAGUCUAAACUUCAGUGAUGACUUCCGCAUUAUGAAGGUUCAUGCAGAGGAACCCUCCUGCUCAAUCCACUGGCUAGAGUUGUCUGUCCCAGGUAAAACUUCAAAGAAGCUUUGUGGAGAUAAUAGCCCUGGAGUCAUUCACACUGGUUCACACACUGUAUAUCUUGGAUUUCACACCGAUCCAUGGAUGAAGGGUGGAGGAUUCAGACUUCACUACACAACCCAGAGAGUGGAGUGUAAAAUUGAAGGUGGAAUCCCAAAUGGCCGAGUCACUCUAGGCAGCUGUGACACUGAAUACAAACUUUAUACGGUGUCAAACACUGGUGAAACUCCAAAGAAUCUUUCUGGAGUAGAAGACUGUAAAAUUGAAGGAGGAAUCUGCAAAAAUAAACACACUCACUAUUUGCCAAAAUAUUGCUACAGAGAUUACAUUGAAGUUCACUGUGACACCGGAUACAAACUCACAAUGGGAGAAAAUGAAAUUAAAAGUUAUAAAUCGUUGUGUCAGGAGAACGGGACGUGGCAUUUACCAUUACCUGAGUGCAAAAUUAUUGAUUGUGGAGAACCAAAGAGUUUACUGAACGGUGGAUUUAAAUAUUUAGCCAAUUCUAAAAAUGAGUACAUGUCUGUCAUUCAGUAUCACUGCAACGAACCCUUCUAUGCUUUCAAAGACACAAACAAAAUAAAUUUCACCUGUGAUGCUGAUCGAAAAUGGAGAGGAUAUGACGAUGACAUCAUACCACGUUGUUUCCCAGUGUGUGGGCGUCCUGUAGUGGAUAUUGCUGGUGGUCAUGGUCGGGUUUUAGGAGGACAAAAAGCAGUAGACAAUUCAUUUCCCUGGCAGGUGUAUCUACUGGUGGAAGGUGGAGGAAGAGGAGGAGCGAUUGUGAUUGGGGAGAAAUGGCUCCUCACUGCCGCUCACAUGUUCAACAAAGACAAUUUGUCUAAAGAUGAAUUAAAGACAUUUGUUGGAAGCAACAAAGUGAGCGACUAUUUUGAAAGCAACACAUCGUUUAAAGCACUUCCUAUUGAAUCAUUUCACAUCCAUCCAGGAUAUAAAAGGCCAGAUUACAAUAAUGAUAUUGCAUUAAUUAAGCUGGCAUCAUCCCUCACCUUUAAUGCAGGUGUAAUGCCAGUGUGUCUUCCUGCACAGGACUCUGGGCUUCAAAAUUCUGGAUGGGUCUCUGGAUUUGGAAUAACAGAGAGAUACCGCACUGCUAAUCAUCUCAGGUACAUCACUCUUCCCAUAGUGGAUCAAGAAGUGUGUUGUUUUUCUUUUGAGGAGGUGAAAAAGACAGGAGGUAAUGUGUCCAAUCUGACGGAGAACAUGUUCUGUGCUGGACUUCCUGAAGGAGGGAAGGACACGUGUCAAGGAGAUGCUGGCUCUGGUUUUGUCACGAAAAAGAAUGAUGUGUUUUAUGUAGCAGGAAUUGUUAGCUGGGGAGUCGAAUGUGGAAGACCAGGAAGAUACGGAGUAUACACACGUGUAGCUCGAUACACAAACUGGAUCCAGAAAAUAAUGGAAGAACCCUAAUAAAUAAUUUAAUUAAAAUGACAAAAUCUAAUUAAACAAUAAGAACUCGUGUUACAGUUAUGCUUUAAUCUAAUCCUCAGCUUUAACACAUUUUCUUGUGUGUUAUUGGCUCAAGUAAGAAACAGCAUUAACUGUCACCAUUGUUUAUAAAAAAAAACUGUGCCUAUAACUAUGUUUUUAAAAUCAAAAACACACAUACCCUUAUAGCAUACCCAAUUACCUGUUGUAUUCAAUCUGUAUUUUGAAAACAGCAGUUUUAACUAUUAAAUCAUUUCAAUUGCA